AUGUUCAGCACGGGUUUAGGCGAGGGGGAGAAAAAGGCGAGCACGCUGGCCCGGGAGGCAUUUUUCAUUGACUUCGCGCAGGCUGUGCGCGCCGAAUUUCCCUACAUGCCACUCCUUCUGACGGGCGGGUUUCGCUCACGCCGAGGGAUGCAGGCCGCCCUGAAAGAGGGGAGUUGUGAUCUGGUGGGGCUGGCAAGGCCGUCGGUGCUGGAUCCGUUGCUUCCGCGGACGGUGCUGCUGAAUCAGGAUGUUUUUGAUAAGGAUGCUGUGGCGUAUGUGAGGAGAGUACCCGGGAGUAACCUGGCAAAAAGAAUGGGGGUGAAGCUCAUUGGAGUGGGCCCGGAGAGGGACUGGUACACAGAGCGCCUCCAGCGGAUCGGCGCUAUCAAGGGCUCGAUCUUGGUCACUGGCACGGCCGUCACCCUCGGCACGGCGAUUGUCCGCAGCGUACUUCGCUGGCCCGACUUGGUCAAGAGCACCCACGGACUGUACGCCAUGGCGCAUGGAGCCGAGACUCGACUGCGGGGAUUCCUCGAGUCCAUCAAGCACAGCCAUGAGAUCCUGACGCUGGACUACACUAACCUCUCUGGUGUUCGCAGAGCAGCAGAAGAGAUCAAUCAACGGGUGGCUAUUGGAUCGUUGCUGCCGAUUCAAGCCUUAGUCCUCCACGAGAAAGACGAGGUGGUGCCCUUUCUUCUGAGUCUGCUCCUACUGCAGAGUAUCGGUCAGGAUCGCGGCCGAAUUAUUGUCGUCGGAAAUAGGAGUCGCCGGACGGAACACUGGGAGAGUUCCACUGCCAAGUUCGCUACAACUAAGCUCAGUGACACCAUGCUCUGGUGUGAAUUGUCCGCGCGUCUAGCGGUGGACCCUGCUCUGUCCAAUGUCUCGGUGGCAAUGGUGGACCAGGCCUGGGAGACGGCCAACUGGUUCGAACAGACGCUGCUGGCAAAGAUCCUGGUGUAG